UUAGGAGAAAGAGAGAUGGAGAAGACGACGUCGUCGUCGUCAUCGUCAUCGUCAUCGUCAUCGUCGGAGAAGGAGAAGGAGAAGGAGAAUGUGAAAAUCAAGAAGAAGGAGGCGUUGGGGUGGAUGGAGUGGCUGAGAGGGUGGAUGUACGUAGCACAAGAGAUGCUGUUCCAGAGGAUCAUGGCCAGCCACUUGCAGAACCCGCUCCCUCUCCCUCCUAUCAAUGAACUCACCUGCAUUGUUACUGGAUCCACCAGCGGUAUCGGUCGUGAAAUCGCCAGGCAGUUGGCGCAGGCCGGAGCACAUGUUGUUAUGGCAGUUAGGAACACAAAGGCAGCUCAGGAGUUGAUCCAGAAGUGGCAAAAUGAAUGGUCUGGAAUGGGCCUUCCUCUCAAUAUUGAGGUAAUGGAGCUUGAUCUUCUCUCCCUAGAAUCAGUUGUGAGAUUUGCUGAAGCAUGGAAUGCACGUUUGGGAUCUUUGCAUGUGCUUAUUAAUAAUGCAGGGAUAUUUUCCAUUGGAGAACCACAAAAUUUUUCAAAAGAUGGGUAUGAAGCACACAUGCAAGUGAAUCAUCUGGCUCCAGCAUUGCUCUCAAUAUUGCUUUUGCCAUCCUUAAUCAGAGGAUCUCCUAGCCGAGUUGUUAAUGUGAAUUCUGUAAUGCACUAUAUUGGCUUUGUUGACCCAGAGGACAUGAAUGUCGUUUCUAAAAAGAGAAAAUACACGAGCUUAGUCGGAUACGCAAGCAGCAAGUUAGCUCAGGUUAUGUUCAGUAGCAUUCUUCAUAAGCGUCUGCCUGCCGAAUCUGGCAUUUGUGUGCUAUGCGUAUCACCUGGAAUUGUGCAAACCAAUGUGGCGAGGGAUCUUCCAAAAAUUGUACAAGCUGCUUAUCAUCUUAUUCCCUAUUUUCUCUUUAGCCCCCAAGAAGGUUCGAGGAGUGCUCUUUUUGCGUCAACUGAUCCUCAGAUUCCAGAGUACUGUGAGUUGUUAAAAUCAGAUGAAUGGCCUGUUUGUGCAUUUGUUUCGCAAGAUUGUCGACCCACGAAUCCUUCAGAAGAAGCGCACAAUAUAAAGACAUCUUAUGAGGUGUGGGAGAAGACAUUAGAGAUGGUUGGCCUCCCUCUAGAUGCAGUAGAGCGGCUAUUGGAAGGAGAAGAAGUCAAAUGCCGUUAUGGGGUUAGUGAGUAGUAGUUUCCACUCAUCAUCCCACAAGGUAAUCACAGGAACUCCCCAGUUGAUUGCAAAGGUGAAGGUCACUUUGUAUGAUGAAAUAGCCAUAAUCCCCAUCACUUUGUAUGACCUCAGUCGGAUCAAGUUUGCUUAGGCUUCUGCUUUUUUUGUUUGCGUACCCAUUUGAUGCUGAUCUUUGUUAUCUGCUUAUAGCCAAUUGAACUUCUCU